AUGCGAAGGAGCAGCCGACCAUUUUACGUCUUGUCAAACCUGACGAUGAAGAUCAAGAGGUGUGGUGGGUCAGACAGAAUGGAAGACUGUGCGUGCAUGUGUGCCAAUGACCCCUCAGUGGUCCAAGUAGAGGAAGAGCCAAGGAUAGUUCACACCGUCAACAACAAGACCUCUAUGAAAGUUCCCAAAGAACAGACAGUUUACGAUAAAUUUGUUGUUGACGACCUGGUGUAUGAUCCGGCAACGCAAAAUUGGACAACAGCUACGGACAAGGCAAGCGAAAUGCUGGAGCAAUUGAUUGAGACUGAGGAUGUAGAGUACAUGAACGUACAAUGCAAUGAUGAUCGAAAAGAUCGGCAGAUAGAGGCGAGAAGUAAUUAUACGCGGAUAUCAAGGAAAGAAUUGUUUGGGCGAACCUCGCGCAAACGGGAGGAUCCGAAGGCGAUGCUCGCCGACUACAAGACAAGCUUCGAAUACUUCCACGUGUAUGCCCCGCAAAAGGCGCAAGGAGACUUCAAGAGGUGUCUGUCUGACAUCGACAAGAAGAUGGCGGAAGAUGCAGUUGUCAAUAACGUGCGAAUGCGAAUGAGGACGCUGCAGAGACCUCGGGUAUGA